AUGUUUAAGAAUCAUAGCAGCAAAUUCUGGCUUUCGGGGCUUACGCUCUUUUACGCCAUGUUGUUGGUGGUGAUGCCAUUUUUCACCUCCAACUCUGGUGUCGCUUUGGCGGCUGACGACGACAAGGAAGAGAGUUACGGAACUGUCAUUGGUAUUGAUUUGGGUACCACUUACUCGUGUGUUGGUGUGAUGAAGAACGGUAAGGUUGAGAUCUUGGCCAACGACCAAGGUAACAGAAUUACUCCUUCUUACGUUGCCUUCACUGAAGAAGAAAGAUUGAUUGGUGACGCGGCUAAGAACCAGGCUCCAUCCAACGUGAAGAACACCAUCUUUGACAUCAAGAGACUUAUUGGUUUGAAGUACAAGGAUAAGGUUGUUCAGAAGGAAAUCAAGCACUUGCCUUUCAAGAUUGGUAAGAAGGGUGACAUGCCAGUUGUCGAGGUUUCCUACGGCGGCGAGCAAAAGUCCUUUUCUCCAGAGGAGAUCUCCGGUAUGAUUUUGACCAAGAUGAAGUCUAUUGCCGAGGAGUACUUGGGCAAGAAGGUUACUCACGCCGUUGUCACUGUCCCAGCUUACUUUAACGACGCCCAGAGACAGGCUACCAAGAAUGCUGGUACUAUCGCUGGUUUGAACGUUUUGAGAAUUGUCAACGAGCCAACCGCCGCUGCUAUUGCUUACGGUUUGGACAAGACUGAUGGCGAGAAGCAAAUCAUUGUCUACGACUUGGGUGGAGGUACUUUCGAUGUCUCCUUGUUGUCUAUUGAGGGCGGUGUUUUCGAGGUUUUGGCUACUGCUGGUGACACUCACUUGGGUGGUGAAGAUUUCGACUUCCAGGUUGUCAAGCACUUGACCAAGUUGUUUGAGAAGAAGCACGAUGUCAGCAUUGCCACUAACCAGAAGGCCAUCUCCAAGUUGAAGAGAGAGGCCGAGAAGGCUAAGAGAACCUUAUCUGCUCAGAUGAGUGCUAGAAUCGAAAUCGACUCCUUCGUUGAUGGUAUCGACUUCUCCGAGACCAUCUCUAGAGCUAAGUUCGAGGAGUUGAACAUUGCCUCUUUCAAGAAGACCUUGAAGCCAGUGGAGAGCGUUUUGAAGGAUGCUGGUGUCAAGAAGUCUGAUGUCGAUGACAUUGUUCUUGUUGGUGGUUCUACCAGAAUCCCCAAGAUCCAGGAAUUGAUUGAGAAAUUCUUCGACGGUAAGAAGGCUUCUAAGAGUAUUAACCCUGAUGAGGCUGUUGCUUACGGUGCUGCCGUCCAGGCUGGUGUUCUUUCUGGUGAAGAGGGUGUCGAUGACAUUGUUUUGUUGGAUGUCAACCCAUUGACCUUGGGUAUUGAGACCACUGGUGGUGUCAUGACCACUUUGAUCAACAGAAACACCGCUAUCCCAACCAAGAAGUCCCAGAUCUUCUCUACCGCUGCUGACAACCAGCCAACCGUCAUGAUCUCUGUCUACGAAGGUGAGAGAGCUAUGGUCAAGGACAACAACUUGUUGGGUAAGUUUGAGUUGACUGGUAUUCCACCAGCACCAAGAGGUGUUCCUCAAAUUGAGGUCACUUUCGCUUUGGACGCCAAUGGUAUCUUGAAGGUUGACGCUGUCGACAAGGGUACCGGUAAGAAGAAGUCUAUCACCAUCACCAACGAGAAGGGUAGAUUGUCCAAGGAAGAAAUUGACAGAAUGGUUGAGGAGGCUGAGAAGUACGCCGCCCAGGAUCAGGAAAUCAAGGCCAAGAUUGAAUCUAGAAACUCCCUUGAGAACUUGGUCCACAACAUGAAGCAGAAGCUCGCCGACAACGACGAGUACGUCUCCAAGUUGGAUGACAAUGACAAGGAGGCUUUGUCUGACGCUGUCAGCGAGGCUUCCGAGUUUCUUGACGAGAACUACGAGACUGCUACAUCCGAAGAGUUUGAGGAGGCCAAGCAGAAGUUGGUUGAGAUCACCCAGAAGAUCUCUGCCAAGCUCUACGAGAACCCAGCUGACGAAGAAGAUGCUCAGUUUGGUGACGACUCUGACGACGACUUCGAGCACGACGAGUUGUAA